AUGAAUUUAUUUCCAGCACUCCUCUUCAUUCGAGUUCUUAAGGCGUGGUUGCUGCUCGGACACAUUUGCUUGGAUAUUCCACAAGCAAUUGGGACAAUGGAUUAUUGGUGGAAUUUGGGACUUUUAUCUUGGCAGUCGAUUCAUCGGACCCCAGCCUAUUUACUUGCCCCGAGGCCAUUAUGUGUGCGAGUACAGGGGCUCACACAUUCCCAAACUCGUCUCUGUCAACGGUACUUCGAUCACAUGCCCAUCAUCAGUAUCGGAGCCAAACUUGGGAUUUACGAAUGCCAGAACCAAUUCAAAUAUCGCCGUUGGAACUGUUCAUCACAGAACAAAGCAACCGCAUUUGGACCUGUCACUCACACGGGUAGCCGAGAGGCGAGUUUUGCACACGCAAUCUCAGCCGCUGGUGUCGUGCAUGCACUCGCACGGAGUUGCAAAGAGGCGCGACUCCACUCCUGCGGCUGCAACAAGUCUGACCGUCCAGAUCAGCUGCAUCGUGAUUGGAUUUGGGGUGGCUGCGGAGAUAAUAUUGCGUACGCAUAUCGCUUCGCGAAGACAUUCAUCGACGUAAGAGAAAAGGAGAAGAGUUAUCCCCGAUACUCGGAGGAACUGGCCCGGAUGUUAAUGAACUUACAUAAUAACCGAGCUGGACGACUGUUUCUCCUCAAAAAACAGCAGCAACAUUUUGAGCUGGCGCAGCCGAAGCUCAUCGAGACGCUGAAUCAGAAAUUGUCACUGCACAAGCUGCUCAGCGAGACUGUUGAGCCCCAGUG